AUGAAUACGAAAGCCUCAUACAGCCUUGUUAUUGAGACACUUGCGUUCCCUGAGCCUCAAUACAGCCUUGUUAUUGAGACACUCGCGUUCCCUGAGCCUAAAUACAGCGGAGUAUUGAGACACUUGCUGCAUCAAUUGUGUUUUCUAGCAGGUGCUGACAUCACUGAGGUGUUCACCAGAGAGGGAGACAAUGCCAUCCUACCGUGUGCUCUGGAUUCCCCGGUGGACCUGACAGAUGAGGCGUUUGACUGGAAGAAGGAGCCGCAGGAGGUGUUCUUCUAUAUACAGGGCAAGGACUACAACAACGGCCGGGAGGGACAAGACCCCCAGUUCGUGGGCAGGGUGGGCCUUACCCAAGGGGGGCUGCAGGCCGGCAACGCCUCUGUGGUCCUGUCCAGUGUGACCCAGGCGGACAGUGGAGUGUAUAAGUGCGUAAUUCUUACGAGACGGACAAACAGAUGGAUCCGGCUGACUGUAGUGGUGGAGCCGCGGUUGAGGCUGGAGGUGGUAGAGGCUUCCCCGUCCUCCGGCUCGGUGCGGCUGUCCUGCGUCUCCAGAGGAGGCCAGCCCCAGCCCAGCGGUCUGGAGUGGCAGACCCCCAACGGAACUGUGAUCCCCGCAGAAGAAGCACCGCCGGCCGCCUCCUCAGACAGCGAUGGCCGCUACUCCAUCAGUCAGACGGUGAAGGUGACCGAGCCAGGCAGCUACACCUGUCUGGCCCGGCAGCAAGGCGUCCACCCUGCGGUCAGAGACACCAUCCAAGUGGUUGGCCAUCGGUUGACCGGCGAUCAUGAAGAGGUCCUCGGUAAUGGUCCAUGGACGGCCAUAUGUGUUUCUAUUAUUGUUCUCUUGAUUUUAUCAGUUGUAGUUAAUAUUUACCAAUUUACCAAAAAUAAUAACCGUAGGAAAGGUCAUGGUCAACAAGCAGUCCCUGAUUCUGAUUGUUUGGAUCGAAGCGGUGCCUAUUUGUCCUGUCCCCAUCGUGAUGCCGCUGUACAGCUGAACGUACCAUCUUUCGGUUGAGCGACGGACACUUUGGUCAUCUGAAGGUGUGCAUUUGUAUCGCAACAGUUUACUUUUGAUACAACAUUUCUACGAGAGAGCAUGAGUUAUUUAUGUUAGUUAUGGAACAUGGAAACAACCUCAAAUGGCUGUUUCAGGUUAUGGGUUCCCCAGGAGCAUCUCUUCAUGGUGCUCCACCUAGAUCACACUUUUCCACUGCAUGGUACCAGCUCGACAG